AAAGUCCAGAUGCGGUCCCGGUCCCCCCCGCUCUGACCCCGCAGAGCGUAGAGGAGGAGCCAGAGGCCCCCGGGCCGUCGGCGCGGACCUUGGAGCGCUACCUGAACGACUCGCUGCACGCUUGGUUCCGGCAGGAGUUCCUGAUGGAGUACGAGGCGGAGGCCGGCCGCCUGCUCUGCAUGGUGUGCGGGGCGGAGCUCCCGUCGCUCCACCUGGAUCACAUCAAGAGCCACGUGCUGCAGACGCACCCCAACUCGCUGGUGUUCAGCUCGGAGGAGAAGCACUGCAUCCUGCAGGCCUGGGCCCAGAGCCACGGCGAGUCCGACUCGGCCAGAGCCGAGCCCACAGCAAACGCCAAAGGAAAGGGGGCGGAGCUUCUCUCAGGAGACCUUCAGGCCAACCAGACCGACGCGGACGAGUCCCCGGAGGGCGACGGCGCUUUAACUCAGGAUAUCCGCCUGAUCGGUGAGGACGGAGGGGUCGGGGCCCCUCGGCCCGCGGCCCCGCCUCUCCGGCAGCCCAGGAAGCGGCGGCUGCGAGGCGGGGACCCCUGGCGGCUCCGGCUGGACUACCUGGUGGCCUACGGGCCCCAGGACCAGGGCAUCUUCUGCAUGGUGUGUUCUCAGGUGUUAAAGGAGAGCAAGGUGAGCAGCUUCCGCCGCCACAUCCAGGAGUGCCACCCUGAGACCACGGCCCUGAGCCGACAGGAGCGAGAAGCCAUGGCCGCCGCCUGGACCAAAAACUCCUCUGCUGACGGCCUGCAGGCAGCAGACGGUGAGAAACGCCCUGCAGCCAUGUUGGAAAACAUCAGAAAGAUGCUGCAGCUUUAGCCUGAAUCAGAGCUGAAACGCUUCCUCAUCAUUCCUCCAUUUUAAUAGAAGCAGGGGCCCCCGGGGGGCCCCCUGGAAAAACCACCCGAGGCCCCA